UGUUAGAACAAACAAAUGCAAUAUUCGUACCAUGGUUAAGUUCUUACUACACUCGGCCAAUCCAAAUGUUGAACCAAAUACGAAAGACUUAAGCAACGAACUUCAUGAAGCACUUCGACGUCUCUUUCGUAUAAUUUCCUUAUUGCACUUUUGCAUACAACUCUAUACAAUUUUAUUCUAUACAAUAAAAAUAACAACAAUUCCGGGCGCAUUCGAACUCACAAAAUGUGUGCUACAUCCAAGCAAACGAUUAAGAAAUCCAAAGCAGCAAAUAAAAAAUUAGCAACCCAAAUACAAAAAACCUGUUUGCCAGCAACAUUUUUGAAUGAAAAUCAAAAAUAUAAACGAAACAAAGUGUACAAUUCGGACUUAUACUACAUUACCUUCGGUUACCCCGAGAAGGAAUUGAACACAGAUAUUGCUUUAAUAACUGGUGGGGGCAAUGGACUUGGCCGAUUGCUCGCUCAACGUUUGGGUAAAAUGGGCACCAAAGUUAUCGUUUGGGAUAUUAAUAAAGAAGGCAUACAAGAAACCAUCGAAAUCGUCGAAACUGAUGGCGGCUACUGUAAAGGAUAUGUUGUCGAUAUUUCAAAGAAGGAGGAAGUUUACAAGGCAGCUGAAGUGUUGCGGAAUGAAGUUGGCGACGUAAGUAAUCAGAGUUUAAGUAACAAAGCUCUAAAAAAAGUAUCUUAAAACUACUAAUACCUA